AUGGGGUAGAGGCAUUUAUUUCAUUCUGUAUUACUAUCAACACUUAAAUAUAACAAUAGACCUUAUUUAAAAGAUUUUAUUUAUGCUUUAGUGACGAUUGAAUAAGACAAAGCUAAUAUGUAGCUUAAUAAAUAGUAUAAUGAGAAAAACAAUUAUAUUAAUAGUUUACAUCAUGAAAAAUAUUUAAAACAAUUAUUUAAUUAAUAAUUUAAACUUAAAUAAUAAAGAAAUUUAGAUUUUUAGAAGAUUAAAGAAGAAUUUUCAAAUAAAAAUUUAGAUGAAAUAAUUAAUAAAUAUAUUUUUAUUGUAGAUAAGAAAUUGUAAGUCGAGUAAUUUUUUUAUUUUUCAAUUAUAAUUGUAUAUUAAUUGAGAAUUUAAUUUAGAGAAAAUUUUUAUGAUGAACUUAAAGAAGAAGAUUUUAAGUAGGUAAAGUGGGUAAGCAUGUUUAAGAGGAUGAAAAAAUAAACUUUUGAAAAAAAUUUUCAUUCUUAAAUAAAAAUUCUCUUUAAACUAAAGUGUAUAACCAACUGUGUUAAUAAAAAUAUUUAAUAAUUAUUAAUAGUAUAUAACCCAAAUUUCACAUUUAUAUGUAAUGCAUAAGCAUAAUCAAUUAUCUUAAAUAAUAAUAGUUAAUUUAAUAUAUAUCUUUAAAUAUGA